GUAUGUGAGUUGAGAGAAGGAGCGUCGCGCGCGCCUCUGUGUGUGUGAGUGUGCCACUGGAUCGGUUUCUCGGGGUUUGACCAGUUGUCCCAGGCUAACCCUGCGCUCUCUCUCUCUCGCUCUCGCUCUCUCUCCGAAGAUGGAGGAAGUAAAAAAAAAACAGGAUUACCCUUAGCGACGGCACCGCUCUGCCUUAGUUCCCAAGACUAACACACGACACCGGCUAAAAGGGGGAAAAGAAAGAGAGAGAGAGAAAGAGAGAGAGGGAACAAACCAAACAAGAGGCAGAGAACGACGAGGCAAAAGAGAGACACACAGAGAGAGGCUCAUUAGCAAAACAAACAAACAAGGGUGCGAUGGACUGGAGGGGCACCAUGCGCUGCUAAGCACUGCACUUUGACUAUGGAAGCAGAGGCUACUGAUGGAUACAUGCCCUGUGAUCAUGAACAUUCGCCCGAAAGGGAGCACUCCAAUAUGGCAAUUGACCUCACCUCAAGCACACCCAAUGGGCAGCAUACCUCACCAAGUCACAUGACAGGCACAAACUCCAUAAAGCUAGAAAUGCAAAGUGAUGAUGAGGAUUCUGACAGGAAGCCCCUGAGGCGGGAAGACGGGAUCAGGGGUCAUGAUGAAGGGAGCAGCUUGGAAGACCCUCUCACGGAAAACCAUGAGAUAGUGGAGAACAGAAAAAUGCAGGAGCUGUCAGGCGAGGGAGGAAUCCGGCUUCCGAAUGGUAAACUGAAAUGUGACGUCUGUGGCAUGGUUUGCAUUGGGCCCAAUGUGCUAAUGGUGCAUAAAAGGAGUCACACUGGUGAGCGUCCAUUUCACUGUAACCAGUGUGGAGCAUCCUUCACACAAAAGGGGAAUCUACUGAGGCACAUCAAAUUACACUCUGGGGAGAAACCGUUCAAAUGUCCCUUCUGCAGCUAUGCUUGCCGAAGGAGGGAUGCCCUCACUGGACACCUCAGGACACACUCCGUUGGUAAACCUCACAAAUGUAACUACUGUGGACGGAGCUACAAGCAACGCAGUUCUUUGGAGGAACACAAGGAACGCUGUCACAACUACCUUCAGAACGUCAGUUUAGAAGCUGCUGGGCAAGUUAUGAGUCACCAUGUAUCUACUAUGGAAGAUUGUAAGGAUCAAGAACCUGGGAUGGACAACAAUAUUACUCUGGUGCCUUUUGAAAGACCUGCUGUUAUAGAGAAGCUGACAAGCAACAUGGGAAAGCGUAAAAGCUCCACCCCACAGAAGUUUGUGGGAGAGAAACUGAUGAGAUAUGGCUAUCCAGAUAUUCAUUUUGAUGCGAGCUUACCUUAUGAGAGAGAUGCUGAGCUGAUGCAAACUCACAUGAUGGACCAAGCGAUCAACAAUGCAAUCUCUUACCUUGGGGCAGAAGGACUACAUCACAUGCCAAGCACAAUUGCUGAUGUGGCCCCUGUCAUAAGCUCAGCUUAUGCUCAGGUCUACAACUCUAACAGAAUAGAAAGGCCCAUGAGCCGAGAAACUACUGACAGCAAUGAAAACAACUUGGACGGCCCGAUCUCCCUCAUCAGACCAAAGAGUCAACCCCAGGAAAGAGAGGCUUCUCCCAGCAACAGCUGCCUGGACUCCUCUGACUCAGAAAGCAGCCAUGAAGACCACCAGUCCUUCCAAGGAAACCCUGCCUUAAAUCCCAAAAGGAAGCAAAGCCCCACUUACAUGAAGGAUGACUCCAAGGCUUUGGAUGUCACAAAAGCAUCUAAGGGCUCUUUAAAGGAUAUCUACAAGGUCUUCAAUGGCGAAGGAGAGCAGAUAAGGGCCUUUAAGUGUGAGCAUUGCCGGGUCCUCUUUCUAGACCAUGUCAUGUACACCAUCCACAUGGGGUGUCAUGGCUAUCGGGACCCACUAGAGUGCAACAUUUGUGGCUACCACAGCCAGGACCGCUAUGAGUUCUCCUCACACAUUGUUCGGGGGGAGCAUACGUUCCAUUAGGCCUUCUCUUCCAAAGGGGACUCUGAGUAAAAAAAAAAAAAAAAGCAAACAAAACACUUCACAUGAAGAAAUACUGCACUUACAAUCCCACUUUUCCUCAGACAUUGACACACCUUUUGUCAUUGUUGCUGUUGCUCUUCUUUUUUAAAACAAAAUUGUUGUCAUUUUUGUUGUUAACCUUAUUUUGUGUAUCCACUCUCACUUGGCACCAGUGGUGAGAUGUGAAGGAAGGAAAGGAAGGGACCAGGGAGUAGUUCUGUUUGUUGUUCUUGCCGUCAUUGUCUUUGUUUUUUUGCUCUGAAAAAAACUUUUUAGUGGGAACUGAAAGGCAGUCUGUUUCUGUCACAAUAUUUUUUUCCAUACAUUUUGUCAUACUGCAGGUACUGCUGAACUCCGCUAGGUGCUCUAACAUCUAACAGCAAAUUGUCAGCUUUUGACAGGUUAAUGAUUUCAGGUAGAUACAUUUCAGAGAAAAAGCCCUUUCAAAUAUGUAGAUACGUUUUGGGUGACCGUCUGUUAGGAUGAAUUUUUAUUUUGCAAAAUUAUCCAGUUGGGGAGGGAAGGAGCAAUGGUGAGGGAGAUCUCAUAUAAAGCUAACCCAUAUUCUGUAGAGGUAGGAGCAGAAGCAAAUAACAAUAUUCACACAGACAUUACUGGGUGAGCUACCUUUCUGGGAGCUGUGUUGUUUUUCUGCGAUAUACGUGUUUAUGUGUAAUACUGAAUCAUAUAAUAGAAACUUGAUUUUACAUAUGAAAUGACAUCUUUGGGACAUUGGAAGUCCUUUUAUCUUAUUUUUACUUAUUCUAAUAUGCACUUUUUUAAAAAGAAAAAAAGAAUUACUGGACUGCUGGUAUACUCUUUUAUCAUUGAUAUUGAUUUCCUAGCUUUAUACAGGCACUCAGCCUUAAUUAGGUGGGCGACAUGUACAAAGAAAAACCUUUUCAAAUAUAGUUGAUUUUGGGAAUUAGAUUCUAAGUAUGUUUACUUAGAAGUAAGCUACACAUAGGCUCUUCUACACUGGCACUAUAAUGCAGCUUGGAACCAAUUUGAGAGGAAUUGUUUUUGCUGUGGGGGUGUGUGGUUAGAUUGACUGGUCUGGAACUCGUUGAUUACAUGAACCAUAGACCUGGCUCUGCAGGGAUUGCUUUUUUCCCAUUUAUGAGAGAGGUGCAUACCAGUGCUACAGAGGCAUAGGAGGUUUUUAAAAAGGGAAAGCAACAGUUAGGAGCAGAGGUAAUCAAUUACCCUUCCCAGGGGGUUAAUUAGUCCUCUGCUAACAUUUUGCCAUUCCCCUCGUCCCAAAUUCUACAAAGCACUUCAGCAAGAAUAGGUAUCUGCAAUGCCUUCAGCAUUGUGUGGAGCCUAUUUUGCCCUGGGACCUGGGAUAUAUUGAGAUUUGCUGCAGUACAUUAACAGAGACUUUUCUGCAACUUUCUUUAAUGUGUUGUAUACCAGUUAAUCCAUGCUGAAUGUGCACUGUUGGUGUGCAUUUUGUAGCUAUCAGAAUUUCAAGUAGUGUUAGAGCUGUAUAAAAUGGUCAGUGCAGAUGGAGCCUUAUUACUUCAUCAGACGGGGCUUUUCCUGCAGCAUACUGGUUCAGCCCUAGAUGAUCCACAGAGCCCACUGGCUCCCAUCAAACAACAUGCAGGAACUUCCAGCAGGGCACCAUGGAUCAUCUAGAGUGGAGCUGACAUAUGCCACUGCCAUGGCUUCAUGGGAGGAUUCUUGUGUUGCACAGUCGACGCUUUCUCCUAUGGGAUCAGCUUCCUCUUGAGCCAGGCAAUGUGGGACAUGAGGCGACAGGUUCCCCAUGUUAUCUGACGAUAGUUACCAGAUUCGUCACAAUGCAUGGCAAUUCCAACAGCUCAUGUGACAAGGUCAUAGAUCCUGUUGGUGCUUACUUUCUAGUAAUUGUGCUUAUUUUAGAAAUACAGAGAGUUGAAUCAACAAAGUCUGCUGCUUUCAAAUUUCAGAGAUACAAAUAACAAAUGCAUUUAAUUGUGAAAGAUCUAGUUUGUCAUUUUAUUUCUGCAGUGUUAACCACUUAGCAACCAUCUAAGAGAGCACCAAAGCUUGGUCUUCUGCUAGUUCACUCUUUGGAUUUGCUUAUGCAAUCCUGAUCUUACUACAGUGGUCAAUGAUUCAAAGUUUUUACUCCAAAUCAACAGUUCUUGUUUACAUAGUCAGAAAUAUCUAAGAAAUGUUAGAGCUCCUUUGCAUAUGCCAUUUUUUCGGGAAACAGUGUGGGAAAACAACAUGUACAUUAGGCUUGUGCACAGAUUUGGUUUGGUUGGUUCCCUUCGGCCAAUCCGGCUUGUUCGGCUGGCCAUAAUGGUAAGGGCUCAGUUGCCUUGUUUUUUCGGCCAAAACGGCCCAUGUGGCUGCCAGGCAUGGCUACUUCCCUUAUUUUGGGAGUAUGCAGUGCAUGUUUCCUUAACCCCAUUCCUCAAACCCAGCCUUGCUUAAAAGGAAGAAAGGGUCCCAGGAAGGGUGCUUCCUUAACCCUGUUCCUCAAACUCAGACUGCCUUGAAAGCAAGAAAGGAAAGGAGUCCAGGAAGAAUGCUUCCUUAACCUCAUUGCUCAAACCCAGGCUCCCUUGAAAGGAAGAAAGGAAAGGAUCUCAGGAACGAAAAGGGAGGCCUUGUAAGUUCCCCAUUGCUACCAAUUGGCCAGAUCUUCCCAUAACUUUCAGCUUCCUAACUGAAAACAGAUUUUUCUAUUAGCCUAUUUCAGGAGGCUCUCGAAAACAGAUCUAGGUACCCAACAAAAUUCGGAUACCAAAAAUGGAUCACCCUCCAGCCAAAUUGCACAAGUCUAAUGUACAUGUGCAAAAACAUUCAAAAGAAGCUUGUUUUGUUCCAUACACACCUUGAAACUACAGUGUAUGGCAGCUUUCAAAUAUAUAUGCAUAGCAAAAGAGGCAAUUGCUUUAUGCAGAAUGAUGUAUGUAGAGAUAAAUGUUUUUACCAAACUCCUGAGGAAAUGUGUCAUGUCUGAAGCAGCUUUUGGUCUCAUUUAUGGUCACAUGUACCAUGUUUGCAAACUUGGGUCACAGUCCUAGGUAACUUUACCUAAAUGAUUGGGGAAUUCUGCUCCUAGUUGCUUACCAUAAAUAAUGACCUCUUACUGUUUACAUGAUCACUUACUCCAAGAUGAAAAACUGAGCCGAGAGCCCUGAAUUAUCCAGAGGUUUAGUUUCUUGACUGACAUCUCUCUUCAGCUUCCAGUUAAUCCCUUGAUCGUAUUAGCAAAUGAAAGAUUAAAGUGCAUUAAGAGGUUACAGAUUUUGAGGUUGUGGUUGUGUAAACAAGCCUUCUGUUGACUAUAUACAUUUAGUUGAACUAAGGAUCUAGUAAGAACUUCAAAUUCAUUUUUUGCUUUGCUUAGUGGAUAUGUUUAUUUUUGUUUUUAAAUCAGUGGCUACCUCACAUUCUUGUACAUCUUUCCUAGCUUUCCCAAUUUGGGAGUUGCACAUCUUGUCAUAAACCUGAAGAUAGAGUAGAUAAAAACCCUCACAAGCUAUUGAUGAGGCCCAGUUCUAUGACUGUUUAUUAAACCUUGAAGAAAUUAUUCAGUGUUUGGUUUAUCCCAUUUUCAUUAUCCCACCCAGGAUAAACACUUUGAAGUUAAUUUCUUGGAUUCCUUGAGGUAUAAUUGUUUCUUAAAAUAAACCUUCUUUAAAAAAUAAUUAUUAUUAUGAUUAAAAAGAUGAGGAGGACAAGCAAUUGUCCUAUAAAUUUUCUUCAUAUUUCUGUAACAGUAAGUGGAAGAAACUUUGAUUCUCAACAAAAAAUAAGAUAAAAGGGGGCUAAUAGUUUGACUAAAAUUAAAUAGUGUGACUUCAGUGAGUGUAAAUCAUUGCUAUAGAAGCACUUAGACAUGCUAUCCAUUUGCUCAUGCCGUCAUUUGAUGUUUCCAAACCUGCAGCUGUGGUAGAUAAGAAACAAGUGAAACGAGCAUCAAUCUGAAAUGUUCUUUAGAUGUGUUUAUCUGAUAUAGGAUAUGUUUGAAAGAGAAAAUACAUGGAAGACAGAUUAUUCUACAACUAUUUUCCAGCUAAUUCAAAAAUUACUAAAGUUGUCUAAAACACAAAACAACCAAGCAUAGCAGUAUAAAGUAAGAAAGUCCUGGAAGGUAACCAUGGAAUCAGAUUUGUUAGUCCUGCUCAUUAGAAAAGGGUCUCUUCCCUCCAAACUUUUGCUUAAAUCAUUUAUUAUCUUUCAGAAGGGAGAUUCAAGUGAAUUAAGAUGUUAUCGUUUGAGAGUGUGAAUGUGUAAACAAACUCUGCUUGAUCAAUAGUCUUUCGGAGCUACCUUUCUGGAAGGUAACACAUCCCAAAUUGCUCUUAGUGCUAUUCUAGAUGUUUUCAAAUGUUUCACAAUUGGGUAGAUGAGGUUCCAAUAAGGAAAAAGCCAUUUGUGUCUGUAUCCUGCUCUCCAAAUUCACCUUGGUCUUUCUUUCUUUCUGUUUCUUUUUUCUUUUCUUUUUUGACAGCAGGGACCUAACAAAUGUCUUGAGAUUUGAGAGGUCACCAUCACAGGGCUGUGUGGCUCAUUGGAAGCCUGGUUCUUAUUUUGAUUCUUAUUACUACUACUAUUAUGACUACUACUAGAAAGUGUGCUUAGAAAGAUCAUUUCUUUGGUGAAGCAUAGCUUUUGGUAAUUGAGAGGUUAUUGAGAGGCAGAAAAAAGAUACGAGAAAAGGCAGUAUUUCUGGCAUUGGUCUUUUUAAGCUCGAUCUACGCUGCCACAUAAUGCAUUAAACUGCAGUGUAGACAAGGCCUUAGUUGAAGAGCUUGUGAAAUUAUUAUAUUUCUAAUCUGUCAAAACAAGAAAGCUAUAUUCUAAAAUGUCUGAGGCUGCAUCUACAGUGUUAUAAAAUGCAAUUUGAAUCUACACUAAAUAUAGACCCAUAUAAUGCAGUUAAACUUCACCAUAUGGGUCUACACUGACUAAAUAAUGCAGAUUCAUACUGUAUUACAUGGCAGUGUAGAUCCUUCCUAGGUUGCAAGAAUUUUUCUUAUUCCCUAAGCUGCAGCUAUGCCAUAUUGACAGUGAAAAAGAGUGUCAAAUUCAUUGAGGCAGCCCACUGGAGAGAGAAAAAAAAAUAAGUUGCCGUGAGACUGUUCUUCUUGAUAUAAGAAGCAAAAACACUGCAAGUCCUCCCCAUGUUUUUUACUACAUCUUUUUCCCCAUUUUUCCUAUUUUGCUUGCAAAUUUGGACAUCCUAAGGAGGUUGCAAAGCAGCAGGACCUGAGAUAUUGGAUUUGAUCAUUUGGCAAAUGUGAACUAGUAUUUUGUGCAGAAUUGUAACUUUUGCAUAAAAGUGUUUGAACAAAAAUGCUUCACAAAACUUUUGAGAAAACUUCAUUAAAUAAAAAUGAUGAAAAGUGUACAAACCACUCAUCUCACACAACAGAUAGAAAACUUUACUAAUGUAAUUCUCAUUUGCAAGGAAACAUUGAAAUCUUAUAUGCUAAAAUACUUGCAUGCUUUUAUUUGGAUCUUCUUGAUACUUUGUUCAUGCCAGUUUAGUCAACUCUAUUCAACCACUUAUUAGAAGGAUUAAAAGCUUAAGGUGCCUAGAAAUCUUUUGGAAGCAUGGGCAUUUCACAAUGAUACAAAUGCAUCAUAUAAUUUAUGAAUGUGGAUCAUAUGCUCAUUUAACAGACAAAGAAAUUGCAAAAUUAACUAAGGUCAAUAUUUCUGUUUUGUACAUAGGUAGAAUACAAAUGCGCUAAUACCUACCUUUGCUUGUCAAAUCUUCAUGUCAUGAAUUCUGAACGUCCCUUAUUUCUAUUUUGAAAAUCUGGUAUAUUUCUAAGUACUAUCUAAAUUGGAAGUUUUCUGAAAAUCAUACAUUUCUAGUUGACUCAUAUCUGUACGCAUCUGCUGAGAAUAUGCUCACAAUGAAAUAGAUCAUAAAUUGUCAUUGUCUUUUGUUAUUCUGUUUUAAGGCUGCAGUCCUUAAAACAUCUUAGACUCCUAACUUUGGCAAGGAGUCUAUGAGCUCAGUGGUUUCACUUGUUAGCAAAUAUAAACGUGAAAUGUUUCAUCAUGAUUAAAAUACUUGUGAAAUGAAGUUGUGAAAAAGAUGGGUUUAAAGCUACCAUGGUCAUUAGUGUGAGAUGUUAGCAAAAUAAUUCAGAUGUUGAAUAUUGUAAGUUAUUUUUAUAUUGCUUUAAUUUUUAGUUUUUGGGGAUCUUUGGCAUUUUUCAGGGGCAAUGCCUUAAUUUCACUAGCUGCAAUUAAAAUUUAAUUUAAUUAGUUGUGUCUUAGGGGAAAAGGGAAAUAUCAAAGUUGUUUGAAUCUUACAAAUCAAGAAUGGUUCUUUUAUUAGUAAUUGGGGCAUCUUUUUAAGGUGGUAGUCUUAUAAAAGAAAACCAGUCUGAAGAAAUGAAAAUAUUUCACGAAUGUUGAUUCAGUUAAAUUGAUAAUUGGCCUUCUACACUUCAAACUCUUGAACAAGCAUUGUAUCAGAAAAAAGUCUUCAAAUUGGUACCAAUGUAAUCUUAAUCUAUUUGAAAAGUGAGGAAGGCUACAAAACUACAAAAGUAUGUUUUGCUAAUGUUCAUUCAGUUCUGUUUGGAUUUUCAUGGUACAAAUUAGAAAUAAUCAAUGCAGUGAAAUGUUUUCUUUCAUGUCCAGGAAUGCUUUAUGACCUCACAAAAGCAAUGGAGCUUGAAAUGGAGAAGAAAUAUUGUAGGGAUGCAUAUCUUUGGGUUACAUGCUGGUUGAGCUUGUUGAACCUCACCGUUACCCUUCUUCAGCUGAAAUCAUGAUCUUAAGUGCAUUCAGCAGCAGGAGGGGAAAAUAGGUGGCAGCAAUCUUGCUGCAUUCCAAAAAUCUUGUCUACCAUCCAUGCAAUAAAUUUCCAAGUUCAUGUGGCAGAACAUGGUUUCUAAAACCACUUCCUGGGAGCUUCCUCUUGGCGUACUUCACAACUAAGAGCAUGUGUUGUUUUGGCUGACUCUUAUGGAUGGCUACCAGAAAAUAAAAUAGAGAAUGUCAUCACAUAUGCUUUAAAGUAACUAGAGUUCAAGAAAGCCUCCUUUAUGUGUUGAGUGUAUUUCUCCAAAUGUUACAGAAGAAGAACAUUUUUUAAAAUAUUAGAUUUACCUUAAGUAACAAUCUUGAAACUUACCACUUUCAAAAAGCAAGAAACUCAUAUUUAAGUUCUGAAAAAUAAACAGGCAGCGGUUUUAGAAAUCAUCUUAGUGCCAUUUUAUUUCUCUAGGAUAAAUUCUCUUAAUUCAACCCAGUGAGGAAUUUAUAUGUUGAAGCCCCUACAGAGGGCUUCUCAAGGUCUCCUUCCCACCAUAGUCAACUGGUAUGUGCUAGGAAAAGCUGAUGCUGGGAAAAGAUUGGUUUUUGAACUUUUUUCAACAUCUCCCAGCCAGUAUUGUCAUUUGCCAUUCUAUCUGGAGGAGGCUGGGAGUUGUAGCCCUCAAUAGUAACUUCCAGUCAUUGUUAUUGAGGGAUUCUGAACCUGUUCAAAUAUUUCUAAGAAAAACUUUUCCCCCCUUCACAAUCUGAAAAUGAAUCUUAAACUCAUGAAUAUUAACAUAAACACCAUUCAGACAUUUAUAUUUAAAUAUCUGUGUCUCCUUUGAAUAUCUGGAGCCAGCAAUUUCUUUGAAAUCUGAGGUUUUGCUAAUUUCCAUGGGAGAUCCUUAGGCAUAUGCCGUAACACUUUUGUGAGCUACAAGGACAGGUUUAUACCUUAUCUAUUUCAAAUGUGUUUCAGCUAAAGAAAGCACAAUAGAAGUAGAGAUGAAUGACAGAUAUUGCAGCAGAUGGAGGUUGGUUAGUUUUGUAGUAAUAAAAUGCUUAAACUAUGAUCAAAGAUCUGAUGCUUUCUAAUUUGACCAUAUUAACUGUGUCACAUGCUGGAGGUUUUGCUUCCUUGUUUUUUCAGGCCUCUAUGUCUGGUUAUCCAGGCUAGUUUGUAGUUUCAGACUAGAUUUCCCUGUUAGCUCAAUUUUUUUUUUACAUUUUUGUUGUCUGUUCAUUGGCUGUACAGUCUGUUUACAUAUUUUUGUACUCGAGUAUAGUUUUGUAUUUAAAAAAGCAUUUGAUCUGAUAAAAUAUAAAUAUAUAUAUAUAUAUAGGUAAAUAAGCUUUGCAACAUUUUCAAACUGGGGUACUUCGAGAUGGCAGAACUAUGGAAUUAUAAUACUGUAUAUUUGCCUCGCUGAAUGUUGAUCUUUUUCUGGUUGUCCUUUUUCUUAAAGAAUGUCUUUUAAGGCAGACUGGAAAUUUGAAUGUGUAACUGCUUAGGAAAAUACACAUUUUUAAAAUGAUAUUGUUUUUCCCCAGUGGAAAAAUAUGGUUUUCUACUACUCUGUUUCAUCCUGGCUCAUUUAUUCUUGAUGUUUAUUCUUGAAUCUUUAUCUUAAACCAUUCUUCUAACAGGCUUGAAAACAGUAUCCAUAUUGCCUAGUCUAAAAGGGGAAAGCACUCAUUAGUCAGAGUUCCAUUCUUAUGCAAUACUUUGCCUGAACGUUUUAUAGUGCAUUAAAUAUAUCAUGUUCUGAUGAAAGCUGAUGACCAGAGAAAGCAAAUCAUGUGGUUUAUAAAACUUGUGCCUGUUGGAGAAUCCUCCUCUAAUAACUCCAAAAAUCAAAGCAAAAAAAUUGGCUAUGACUUCUGGAGCUGUGAUAAAAAAAAAUCUUCCCAAAUGCUGACCUGGUGCAUAUCAGUUCUUCUGAAGAAAUGGCUUAGCCUUAUACCAUUGCUUCCCUUGAACUAAGACUGUGCAUGAGAUGCAACAAGGGAAGACUACUAAUGGUACACCAUCUUUAAUAAUUGCAUCAGUUUGCUGUUCCUGGCAUUUGUCUGUAUCCAUCCUACAGUUUUGUUCAAAACCAAGUGGAAUAUCAACUUUGAAACAGUAAGAGCCCAAAAGUUGUAAGGCUGUAUUUUCCGUAGUCCUUGUGUUUGCUAUGGUGAUAAGUAGAUGUAGUGGUUUCUUAACAUUGUUCUCUGUAAGCAUGUCUUAGAUCAUGCUGCCCCGUUGGGCCACUCGAGAAGUCAGACAUGGUUGCUUCCUCCUUUGUUUAAUUUCAGGGUUCCCUUCCCAUCUUGGGUAAAGCACUUAAUAUUGGUACAUUAUUUAAUACAUUCCCCCAAAUGGCCCUGACCCAAAGUCUAUAUAGUCUCACUGAAACUCUCCUUUAGAUUUCAAAACUGGAUCUUACUCCAAGCCGUCUGUGAAGACAUUUGUGAAAAUGGGACACAUGACAACAUAGGCCCCUUGGACACAGCUGUAUAAAAUCCACAUUGAACUGGAUUAUGUGGCAGUGUGAACUCAGAUAAUCCACUUCAAAGCAGAUAUUGUGGAUUAUCUGCCUUUGAUAUUCAGGGUUUUAUGGCUGUGUGGAAGGGCCCAUAGGGUGGCUGUUUCCUCAUUAAGACAGCUAGUUAUGAAUUCUCCUUCCCUUAUCGGUUGUGAUAGGACUUAUUUUAUAUAUCAUGCUUUAUUUAUAUGUCUUAUCUAGCUCUAGUGUACAUUAAUACCUAUUUCCCAAUAGGUGGAAUCGCUGUACUGUAAAUAUGUAAGUUACAGAAUAAAAAUAUUGGUAACAUUUCUUUGGGAAACUGUUACAAAGCACAGAAGCCACAUCUUGGUGGCUGCUGGUUUGAAUUUGAGGAUUGAGCAAAGGCAAAGCCGUGUAUGUAUGUUAAAAUCAGCAGAACUUAACUUUGUGUCAAGCACUUGCCAAAAGAGUUUAAGGAAUCCUUUUUAAAAGAAGCAAAGCACAUUAGAAUGGGAGAUUUCUUUAUAAUAGAUGUUCAGACUCUCUAGUUCAAAUUGCACAUCUUUGCAUAAACUUGUACUUGUCCUAUACUCUACUGAACCCCACUUGAACAAAUGAGUUCGCUUCUGAAGGAAGGCCCACAAAUAAUUGGCAGUUAUUCAGGUUAGUAACCAUCUGUGGUUAUACCAAGCCCAUGGGAGUUGAUGUCUUCUGUAUUGCAGGGUGGUGAAUCCACCUUGAAUCCAGGCUCAACUGGGAAAGAGCGCAUCAUGUUAGAAAACUCUUCAAAGUUCACACUAAUUCCUAGAUUGUAUUCACCAUCCCACUAACAUGGAAGAUACCAUCCACCACUGCAUUGACUGCUUCAUGCUUCUCCAUUUGUUGGCACAGUAGAAGGCUGAAAACCCAAACACACCUAAUGGAGAGUAAGGAUAGUUGAAGCUCUACAGUACUUACUUUAGGUAUCUAGUGGUAUUUACUUCUCAGUAGACAUUCUGAGCAUUGUUCUUUGCCUUCUGUUUGUCAUUCAUGAUAGUUAUUGAGAGGAAACGGCAGGAAUCAGCCCCAGCAUUUGGAAAAGAUUCGCUGUUCUUCGUGCAAACUCCACCAAAGGCAUCUUUGUGCUGGAAGGAGUCUUGCUUGCCAGAUGAACUUGCCCUUGGCCUGCUAGUGAUUGUAUUUGUGGCUAUGUGUUUUGGAGGAUCACUGCUGUCACAGAGUGUAAAUAAAUACAUGAGAAAAAAACCUCAUGCCCUCUGAUGCUUCAAGGACAUGUAGAGUUUGUAUUCUUAAGGAUUAAGGGGUUACUUGGAGCAGAAGCAGAAGGGGGGAAUGGAUCCAUAUUCCCCUGUUUUAUUCACAUGAACAAGUUUCUAUAUUUGCUCUUUUAAAGUAAAUUUCUGUAUGUUUUAGCAGCAGAACACUUCAAGAAGCUGAUAUGUUAUAGCCUGCAUUCUCUGCCCAUCACUCAUGGUUUCUAAUCACCUUCUUCCAACCAGCCUUGAGGUUUCACACAAGUUUUUGCCAUUCAGUUUUAAACAUUGUAGUGGCUCAAAAUUAUAUGUGAUUGCUUGAGACUCCCCAACUGCCACAGGAACAUUUACAUCAAUUUUAUUUAUUUAUUGAUAAUUUAUUUUUUCAGCCCAAAUUCUGUUUUCCUUGGCAGAAUAUUUAAAGGUACAUAAUGGGGGGAGGGGGAGAGAAAAUAUGAAUAUGUCGGUUUUAGGGGUAUUUACAAGUGGAUGUGAAUGUAAUCCAUAGUUUUCAAGUAUUUCAAAUGUUAAGACUGAAUUUGGCAUGCAACACGUAGUGGACAAAAAUUAAUGGGUUGCUACACCAAAGUGCUUUCUCCCCUAUAAAUGAAAUUCAUAUUGACUUUCAAUUAUGAGCAAGUAUGUCAUAUCUCAAAACAUUAGAGCCAAAAGGGGAUAAAGUAGUUUGGAGUGACUUCUACAAGAUUUGAAAGGGCUUUGGGUCAGGUCUCUAGAAGAGUCAUUGUGGGUAUAAUCUAUACAACAGUGGUAAACAUGGUGUUGUUCAGAAUUGGACUUCUUAUUGGAGAAAUGGAACAAUAGUCCAUUUAUUAUAGACUUAUGAAAAGUAAUUUGUUGUCAGUCUUCGUGUGGAGGGGGUGGUUUAUUGUCGCUUUGACCACUAAGGGAAUUCACCAUAAUCCUGAAACUGGUGGGAUAGGAAAAGAGAGACAUAAGCCCAAUGUGUACUUAUCCAUACUUAUUUCACAGACAAUUUGGAAUCUCCUGAUCAAAACCAGUUUGGGAAACAUUCUUGGAGAAGGCGUGCAACAGCUAAAUAUAAAUAACAGCUUCACAGUAAAAUACACCAGGGUUGAUAUCAAAGUCUCUAUAUAAUUGCAGUAUAUGUUGGUUACUUAAAUUGGGCAUAUUUUUCUCUUUCCUUACAUGCAUACAAAUGGUUCAGUACAUGUAUGUGUGCACUGUAUAUGGAUAUGAGUGCUGAAAAUGCAUGAGAGAGUGGGUCUGCGUCUAUAUAUAUAAAUAUAUAUACACACAAAAGAAAGCUGCAGAAACUUUGUAAUACUUUGUGAAAAUGAUUAUAUUAUGGACGUUUGUACUGUGCACAGCUACUGGAAUUAAAUGUAGGGAAUCUCAGGAACAAGCAUAAAAUUUGUCCAAGACUUAUUUCUCAAAUGUGUAUGUGCAGUUUUUAAUUCUGUAUACUAUUUAAUAUUUUACCAAUAAACUUCUCAUAUGAAA